AUGGUAACACUGGCUAUAAGGGACUUGAGAAAUUUAAAACAAAAUGUCUUCUUUUAACUUGACGUUUUGAGUGAAGCUGUUCUCCGGUUCAGCGCUGAGCACUUUUUUGUGGAAGUUGUUUAUCUCGACCGGGAAAACCAAAUAAAAUGGCAGCCGCUGUCGUAUCAGGCAAAGACAUUGAGAAGCCCCAGGCUGAGAUCUCUCCCGUGCAUCGCAUUAGGAUUACCCUGACAUCCCGUAAUGUGCGCUCAUUGGAAAAAGUCUGCUCUGACCUUAUCAAUGGAGCUAAGAAACAAAAACUGCGUGUCAAGGGUCCAGUCCGCAUGCCAACCAAGAUCCUCCGCAUCACAACCCGUAAGACACCUUGUGGUGAAGGUUCUAAGACCUGGGACAGAUUCCAGAUGAGAAUCCACAAGAGAGUGAUUGACCUUCACUCACCCUCAGAGAUUGUGAAGCAGAUCACAUCGAUCAACAUCGAGCCUGGUGUAGAAGUCGAAGUAACCAUCGCCGAUGCGUAGGCACAGCUGCCAAUAAAAAAGUAUAAGUGAAA